UGGCUCUCCCCCCCCCACUCGAGGCCGUCCCCGUACGCUCGCUCGUCGAGCAACUGGGAGUCCCCGCUGUCGUCAGCGUCGCGCACGCCGCACCUGUCCAAGAAGGGCCAGGAGCAGCUGGUUGAGCUGGCAUUGUGGCACGGCGCGGAGGUCAACCAGCGAGGAGGAAGAGAACGCGGCUGCAUGGGGAUGAAGCCCGCGCUCGGGUGGACGGAGCGCCUGCCCGCCCCUAGCAUGGACAGCGAUGACUCCAGCUGCGACAGCGAGAACGACGAGAAGCCCGUGCACAGAUCCCUCGGCAGGUUGGUGCCGCAGCAGAACGAGGGCGAUGCCGGCUCGGAUCCCGAGCCCGCCUCGCCAGCCCCUUCGCUGCCACCGCCUUCGCUACCGGGCUCCUCGCCAUCGCCCUCCUCCGUGCCGCCCGAGCUCCGGGAUGGCCUGUCGCCGGCGAGGUCGCUCGCCUUUUUCGCCGGUGCUGGCAUCUCCUCCGCUUCGGCGCCGCAGAAGCGGCGCUACGUGCACGCUCCCACUAAGGCAUGAAACCGAACAUCAGAGAUCCCUCAUGCGCGUACGUGUCUCUCUCUCCAUGUCUCGUCGUACUUGUACUUGUACUUGUGUUCCAUGGGGGGGCGGGGGGGCUGUGGGAGAGUUCCGCUGUGUGCAUGCGUAUGUUUUGUGGUCACAUGCAUGCUCCC